GAGUCUCUCGCAUAUCUCUAUUAUAUUGUCAUUUAUAGCCGGCUCUGAUUUCAUUGUGUCUACAGCAUUUGCCGUAUCACCAAACAUUUAUUUUGGAAAUUUCAUGUAAAAGGAUAUAGUCUUUCCAAGAGGAAGGAUAGAAAGAAAAAAAUAAAAUAGAAAAAAAGGAUAACAACAACUCAAUUAAGUGGAACUUUAGUGCAAAGAAAGGAAAAAAAAAGAAAUAAACUUUUGCCAGUGAUAACAGUUCGAGAAAAGUGUGAUUAUAAAGUGCAAUAAUUAAGAUUUGAGGGCGCCAUGGGUACAUUUACUCGGGGUCCUAUGUGGCUUCAAUUAGCGCAACAUUUGCUACUUUUAUGGCUCAUACACUACAGUGAUGCGACACCAUUUAAAGAACCAACUGAAAUGGUGGAUCCAUCAUCUUUAGGCUGUUAUUACAAUUACAACCACUACAGUGAAGGCGAUCGAAUUUUAACGAAUGAACCAUGUUUGAAUUGCACUUGCCAUAAUAAAAUGCUUAUGUGUUAUCUAAGAGUAUGUCCUUUUACGAAACCAAUCGGUCAAGACUGCACAAUUGAAAAAAGAGACGACCAAUGUUGCCCAAUUAUAACUUGUCCAGAAGUUCCAGUCGAACUUGUUGAUCAUAGUUCCGGCCUCCAUUCAACAUCAUUAGCGAUGCCAGAUCGCUAUGGAUGCCAUAUAAACAAUCAAUUCUAUGCAGAGGGAUCUCAGAUACCAUCAAACCCAAAAAAACCAUGCGAGCUGUGCUAUUGCAUACGAAACAUGACAUCGUGCGUGAUGCAGGAAUGUACACUACAUGUUGAAGGUUGUAGUCCAAUUUAUAAUAGAGAUGUUUGCUGUCCCGUUCGUUACGAUUGUGGAAGAGAUGCUAUGGAUGAUUUCCUCCUUGAAGACUCGACCACAACCGUUCGUCCAACACCAUUCGUACUGACUACAACAAUGAUUCCAGAAGAAAAUCAUUGCGUCCAUAACGAUAUUAUUUACAACGAAGGUGAAGUUAUUGAAAGCGAUGAGCCAUGUCAACAUUGCUAUUGCAUGCGAGGUCACAUGAUAUGUGCCGUUCAAGAGUGCAGCGCACAAUUAGAAAAUAUGGGCAAACAGUGCAAGCCACAACCGCCACGCGAUGGACAAUGUUGUCCAACUACAUAUGACUGUGAUAUGGGAGACGAAACGACAGAAGAGUCUUUAUCAUUGACAACGACAACACGCACUGACGUAUCAACCGAAUCCGAUAACAUCAAUGAAAUUGAAGAUGAAGGUCUAACCAAACCAUUGCCGAUAACCGAACACGCCGACGAGUCUGACAGAACAACGCUAUCGCCACUUGGCCAACGUAUUGAUUUGACUGGUGAAUCUGCUACACAAUCUAUUGUCGAUGAGAUGAUGAAAGCACAAGAAAAACUUGAAACCACCACUUUACUGUUCCCUGGUUUUGAUGAAGAUAUUGAUAUCAACACUGUCAUACCACACAUUAUACCGGGCGAAGGAGCAUGUUUAAUCGAUGGAGUGACCUAUCGAAAUAAUUCUCGAGUGCCGGUGACAAAUGAAAAAUGUGAUGAAUCGUGUACCUGUUUGAAUAGCAUUGCUCAGUGCACACCCAUUCACCAUUGCAAUGAACCUGUAUCGAAGAUAAACUGCCGAUUAAUUGAAGACAAUGAUUCGUGUUGCCCACAAUAUGAUUGCACGCCUGGUGUUACAGUUUCCAUUACGGAAUUACCACUAUCUGAAACAGAAAGAUCGACUGAAUCCAUUACCGAAUCUGCAACUAGUGCCACUAAAGCUCUUGCGGUAGAAGAUGAAUUUAUUACAGAGGUAAUUUCGGACGUCGAAAGCGCCAAACCUACAGAAAAAACAGUUUCUUCUGCUACUGAGUCGCCUGAGAAACCCGAUGAAGAAUCUCCGGCCUCAGAGAAACCUGAAGAUGAAUCGUCAGCCUCAGAGAAACCAGAAGAAGAAUCACCGGCCUCAGAAAAACCAGAAGAAGCACCGGCCUCUGAAAAACCUGAAGAGGAAUCACCAGUCACUGAGAAACCAGAAGAAGAAUCACUGGCCUCAGAAAAACCAGAAGAAACACCGGCUUCUGAAAAACCUGAAGAAGAAUCGCCAGCCACUGAAAAACCGGAAGAAGAAUCAGAAGAAACACCGGCAUCUGAAAAACCUGAAGAAGAAUCACCGGCCACUGAGAAACAAGAAGAAGAAUCACCGGCCUCAGAAAAACCAGAAGAAACACCGGCUUCUGAAAAACCGGAAGAAGAAUCGCCAGCCACUGAAAAACCGGAAGAAAAAUCACCGGCCUCAGAAAAACCAGAAGAAACACCGGCCUCUGAAAAACCUGAAGAGGAAUCGCCAGCCACUGAGAAGCCUGAAGAGGAAUCGCCAGCUUCCGAGAAACCAGAAGAAACACCGGCCUCUGAAAAACCUGAAGAAGAAUCGCCAGCCACUGAAAAACCUGAAGAAGAAUCACCGGCCUCAGAAAAACCAGAAGAAGAAUCGCCAGCCACUGAAAAACCGGAAGAAGAAUCACCGGCCUCAGAAAAACCAGAAGAAGCACCGGCCUCUGAAAAACCUGAAGAAGAAUUGCGAGCAACUGAAAAACCGGAAGAAGAAUCACCGGCCUCAGAAAAACCAGAAGAAGCACCGGCCUCAGAAAAACCAGAAGAAGCACCGGCCUCUGAAAAACCUGAAGAAGAAUUGCGAGCCACUGAAAAACCGGAAGAAGAAUCACCGGCCUCAGAAAAACCAGAAGAAGCACCGGCCUCAGAAAAACCAGAAGAAGCACCGGCCUCAGAAAAACCAGAAGAAGCACCGGCCUCAGAAAAACCAGAAGAAGAAUCACCAGCCACUGAAAAGCCGGAAGAAGAAUCACCGGCCUCAGAAAAACCUGAUGAGGAAUCAACAUCUGAAAAAGUUACAGAAAAAUCAAUCGUUUCGGCCGCAGAACAACCUGAAAAACCAUCGGCCACGGAACAACCAGAAGUGUUAUCGGCCACAGAACAGCCUGAUGAGCCUUCUGCUACAGAACAGCCUUCUGCUACAGAACAGCCUGAGGUGUCGUCUGCCACAGAACAGCCUGAGGAGCCUUCCGCCUCAGAACAGCCGGAGGAGCCUUCUGCCACAGAACAGCCUUCUGCCACAGAACAGCCUUCUGCCACUGAACUAUCUGCACAACCAUCUACCGAAAAAGAAUCGGAAAGCAUUCAGGAAGUAACCACAGUACCAUCAUCUGCGUUUGAAGGUGAAAUUACCACUUUAGCUGCACCAGUUGUCAGUGAUGAGUUUGGAACAGUAACAGAUGCACCAAUUGAAACAGCCAAAACCCAAAAACCAUUAAGUGCUGAGCCUCAAGAUGAAACUACAACAACUCCAGUUGUCGAAGAAAUUGCAGUUACCAAAAAAGUUUACACCGUUGCUCCUUCGACAGAAUUAUCAGAUGUGACUACAGAACAGGCUAAAGAAGUAACGGAACUUCCCACAGAACAACCAGAAUCUGUUGAUCUUGAUAAUAGAAUUAAUGACAGCGGUGCUACUCCAUCUGUUCCAACUAAGGAUGAUGAAUCAACUGAAGCAGAGGGAAGUGGUGCUACAGAAGCAAGUAUCACUGGCACAGAAGAAGAACACACCGCCGCUCCAGUAGAGGAAACCGUAACAGAAGGCGAGCAAACAGCUACGCAAAAGUCUGAUGUUGACGUUUCUGUCACCGAAAAAGAUACCACCGCGGCAGUUCCAGAAAGUGUCACUACUGUGAAACAAACUCCAAGUGAGGAUGCCUCGACAGAAGCCGAAACCUCUUCGACCGAUGUUCCGAGCGUUGACAGUUAUACAAAUGCGCCAGGCGGAAUCCCAGUGGAAAGUCACGUAACAUCAGGUCAGGAACAAGCAACAGAAACUUCUGCUACACAGGAACCAUUACAAGAAGAAGGUUUAACAGAAAAACAAACUGAACAGGGUACAACUUCUGCUGGUAUUGAAGAAGGAACAACAGCAUCUACUCCAAGUGAAACCGAGAAACCCGUUAAGCGAAUUCAAGUUGCGACUCAACAGGCAGUGGAACCAAUUGAAGAAAUUACAGAAGAAGGCGUAAUCUCAACACAAAAACCAUUGCCUGAAACCGUUGAAGACGGUACGACUGAAACGUCUAAACCUGUUGCUACAUCUGAAGACACAGAGUCACCUCUUAGUCAAGAAGGGUCAGAAGCACCAAUAACUGAGCAAGAAGUUACUGAACCUAGCGUUGAAGAGCACAUCACUGAAGAGCCAGUUGUUCGCGUAGAAACAUCAGAAACGACGUCAGAACCAGCACUCGAAAGCAGUGCUACUGAAGAAGAAACGAAAGGCCCAGUAAGUGAAGAUGGUCUUGCAGCUAUUACUGAAUCAAUCACCGAUAAGAUUACGCCAUCCUCUGAACAAGAUACAACUGAGCCUGCUACUACGAAACCAUUGCUUGAAGAAGAGCAACCUGUAACCGAACUUAGUUCUACUUCUGCUCAAGAAGAAGGUACGACAAAAGCAACAAGACCAGAUGAAGGAGUUACAGAUAAAUCGUUACCUGAAGAAACUGCAUCUGAAGCGGCUGAAAUUGGUGAAACAGAAAAGCCAGCCCAAGAGGUUCAAACUGAAACUUCAGAGCAAGCGACAGAAAGUGGUGCAACCGCUUCCCCCGCAAUUGAAGGGACAACCAAACCAGCUCAUCCAAGUGAUAUCGAAAGUGAGAAUAUAAUCGAUGAAUAUAUUACCAAAGCUGGAGACGCUAGUACUAGUUCACAGUAUCCAUCUGCUGAUGUAACAACUGAAAAGGCUGAUAUAUUGGAAGAAGAGAACGUAUCUGAACCAGUAACCAGUGCCGGACAAACAAAAGCUCCUUCUACAGAAACUGCAACCGAAAAAGAAUUGGAGACUCCUGAGGAAUUAGGAAAUAGAUUCCAAGACACUGAAACACAUACUCCAUCUACAAUAUCGAUCGAGAGUCAUGUUACAGAGAGCGAAGUAGAUGUCACAACUUCAGCUAGUGUAGAGCAAGGAGCUGGCACAGAAAAAGCAUCUGCUCCUUCUGCGACAGAAAUUUCAUCAACACAAAAAGAUGAAGGUCAAACCGAUGAAAGCCCAACUCAAAAACCCACUAUUCCAGUUAUUACCGAAGAAGGUACUUCCAAGCCUGCUAUCGAAGAAGAAGGUAUUGUUUCCAUCCUUGGUGAAACUCAGGAACCAUCGACAUCCGAACUUCCUACAGAAUCCCCGGCUUCAGAAAAACCAGAUGAUCAACAAGCAACACAAAAGCCAGAAGAUGUGAGCGUUUCGGCAACACAGAAACCUGAAUCUGAGGACCAAACUGAAAUUUCCGAAGAAACGACCAAACAAUCUGGAGAUGAAAUAGCCACAGAAAAACCAUCUGAAGUCACCGAGGAAGAACCUGCUGAAGGUAGUGGUGCCACUGAAGAAAGUGCUACAACAAAACCAACUUCUGAUGAAAGUGCUGCGUCAACAGAGAAAUCUCUGAUCGAAGAACCAGCUGAAGGAAGUGGUGAACCGAUUACCGAACUAAGUACAGGAAAACCAUUACUCGAAAACAUUCCUACUGAAGCUUCCGACAUUGGCACUGAAACACCAACUUUGAGUCCUAUCGAAGAGGCUUCAGUACGCCCAAGUGAAGAAGCUACACAAUCACCUGUUCGUGAUACUCAAGAAGAAAGCGUAACCAAAGAAAUUGAACCAGAAGUACCAACAACAUUGAGCACCGCAACAGAAGGGAAGUUUGAAAGUGACCAAACGACUGAAAGUCAGAAAAUGACCACACUCUUAGACAUCAUCCGUCCACCUCAACCAACAUCAGAAGACCUAGCAUCUCCUGAAAUCAGUACGUCUGAAAAACCAUCCGAAGAAGAAAGUGCAUCAGACAUUGCAGCCACUGAAGCAUCAGUAACUGAAAUUGGAUCCACACAACAAUCUGAUGUUAGUGAAGAAACAGGCAUCAGUGUAACGGACUCAGCGGUAAAAGAAGCUACUGAAUCAAGUGCAGAGGCUGUUGGUACAACUGCAGCUAGUGCGGAAGGAGAAGAGACUGGUACAACACAAAAAGAUUUGGGAACACCCGAUGACUUAGGGACAAGGUUUGACGAUUCUGACGCUGCACGCCCGACAUCUGCAUCACCAGUGGAAACGGAAAAAGAAGGCGCAACUACAUUAGCUAGUUCACAACCUGAAAUUAGCACUGGUACAGAGAGCGCAGCACCGGCUACACAAGAACCAUUGCAAGAAGAAGUUCAAACUGAAAUUCCGGAAAUUGUUACUGAAUCUCCAAUUGUUCCUAUUCAUAUUACUUCACAAGCAGCACAGGAACCGGUUACAGAAGAUAUAUCAGGCACAACACCGAAACCUUCUGAAGAUGAACAAACAGAGAAAGAGAUUUCAUCCGAAUAUCCUGAAGAAGGCACACUAAAACCGGAAAUUGCAACUGAGAAAGCUGUACCAGAGGGACCAUCAUCUGAACCAGCUGAAGGUAGCGAAACAACUGAAGAAGCUAUUUCAGCCACACUAAAACCUUUAUCUGAAGACAUUCAAACGAGCGCUCCAGAAAUUUCUACAGUUCCAUCAUUGCAAGAAGAAAUUGAGCAAGAAAAGACCUCAGCUCCUGAACAGACAACAUUAAGUAGUGUAGGAGUUGAAGAAUUUGGAGGUGACCGUACAACUGAACCUCAGAAAAUCACAACAAUUUUCGAUAUUACCAGUCCACCAAAAACCUUCGCUCCACAACAAGCCGAAGAUGUUACAACUGAAAAGUCAUUGGCACCUGAAGAAGAAGGUACACCUGGACCAGUCGAUGUAACUAAGGCACCAACUGAUGAAGAAUCACCUGCCACCGAAAAAGCUGAAUCAACUGAACAACCAUCUACAGAGCAAGAACUCGGAGCUGAAACAACACCAACUAGUCAAGAUGCCUUAGUGGAAGGAUCAACCGAAAAGGGAGCUGAAGCAGUGACCGAAACGAAAGCCGAAGUAGGAACCGAAAAGGGACCAGAAUUUGCAACCGAAAAGGGAGUUGAAGCAUCUGUUGAAAUAAGUACGUCUGAAAAACCAUCCGAAGAGGAAAGUGCAUCAGACAUUGCAGCCACUGAAGCAUCAGUAACUGAAAUCGGAGUCACCCAACAAUCUGAUGUUAGUGAAGAAACAGGCAUCAGUGUAACCGACUCAGCGGUAAAAGAAGCUACUGAAUCAAGUGCAGAAGCUGUUGGUACAACUGCAGCAAGUGCGGAAGGAGAAGAGACUGGUACAACACAAAAAGAUUUGGGAACACCUGAUGACUUAGGGACAAGGUUUGACGAUUCUGACGCUGCACGCCCGACAUCUGCAUCACCAGUGGAAACGGAAAAAGAAGGCGCAACUACAUUAGCUAGUUCACAACCUGAAAUUAGCACUGGUACAGAGAGCGCAGCACCGGCUACACAAGAACCAUCGCAAGAAGAAGUUCAAACUGAAAUUCCGGAAAUUGUUACUGAAUCUCCAAUUGUUCCUAUUCAUAUUGCUUCACAAGCAGCACAGGAACCGGUUACAGAAGAUAUAUCAGGCACAACACCGAAAUCGUCUGAAGAUGAACAAACAGAGAAAGAGAUUUCAUCCGAAUAUCCUGAAGAAGGCACACUAAAACCGGAAAUUGCAACUGAGAAAGCUGUACCAGAGGGACCAUCAUCUGAACCAGCCGAAGGUAGCGAAACAACUGAAGAAGCUAUUUCAGCCACACUAAAACCUUUAUCUGAAGACAUUCAAACGAGCGCUCCAGAAAUUUCUACAGUUCCAUCAUUGCAAGAAGAAAUUGAGCAAGAAAAGACCUCAGCUCCUGAACAAACAACGUUGAGUAGUGCGGGAGUUGAAGAAUUUGGAGGUGAUCGAACAACUGAACCUCAGAAAAUCACAACAAUUUUCGAUAUUAUUAGUCCACCACAAACUCUCGCACCAAAACAAGUCGAGGUUCUUACAACUGAAACACCUGAAGAAGAAGGUACACCUGGACCAGUCGAUGUAACUAAGGCACCAUCUGAUGAAGGUUCACCUGCGACUGAAAAAGCUGACUCAACUGAACAGCCAUCGACAGAGAAAGAACCGGGAACUGAAGUAACACCCGCUAGUCAAGACGUGUUAGUAGAAGGAUCAACCGAAAAAGAAACUGAAAAGGGAGCAGAAGAAGCAACCGAAAAGGGAGCAGAAGAAGCAACCGAAAGAGGAGCUGAAGUUGUUACGGAAAAAGAAGCCGAGAUAGCAACCGAAAAGGGAUCAGAAAAAGCAACCGAAAAGGGAGCAGAAGAAGCAACCGAAAAGGGAGCAGAAGAAGCAACCGAAAAGGGAGCAGAAGAAGCAACCGAAAAGGGAGCAGAAGAAGCAACCGAAAAGGGAGCAGAAGAAGCAACCGAAAAGGGAGCAGAAGUAGCAACCGAAAAGGGAAUUGCAGCAGCAACCGAAAAGGGAAUUGAAGCAGUAACCGAAAAGGAAGGUGUAACUGAAGGAGAAGCUGAAAAACCCACAGAAAAAGAGGUCGAAACACCUACCGAAAAGGGAAUUGAAGCACCAACUGAAAAAGGAAUUGAAGCUGUAACCGAAAAAGAAAUUGCAUCUCCAACGGAAAAAGAAGCUGAGGCAUCAACAGAAAAAGAAGUUGAAAGUCAGACAGAAAAAGUGAUCGAUGGAAUUACUGAAAAAGGAGUAGAGGGUGCAACCGAAAAAGGAGCUGAAAGUCCAACUGAGAAAGGACUUGAAGGUGUAACUGAUUCACCAAUGGUCAUAGAAUUAGCUACUGAGCCAGCAGAAAAAGAAAGUGAUAAAAUUAUUGGUGACGACAUAACCAAGGCGACUGAAUCGACAACCUUAAGCGAUGUAGAUUUCGCACAGAAAUUCGGAGAAGAUAACACAGAAAAAAUACCCACAAUUUUAGAUAUUAUUAGUCCAACCAAAGCUCCAGUUCCCACUCUGCAAGCGGAAGCUGAACAGACGACAACUGAACCGAAGAGCGAAGAGGAAGUAGCAACAACGGAGAAACCAGCCGUUACAGAGAAAGUCCAAAGUGUCGAACAAACAACAUUCAAACAGGUUACAUCAUCCGAAGCACCUGCACCUCAAUAUGGCAACGAAUACGAGCCAGGAACGUCUCAUUAUCCCGGAUCGACUUACCUCGAUGAAGACUAUGGUGAAGAAGAUGAUCAAGCAGCAUUUGGUCCAGGAACAUGUCGAUAUGGUGGCAAAUUAUACGUAUCUGCCCAACAAAUACCUAGAGACGAUCCGUGCGACUUCUGUUUCUGCUUCCGUAGCGACAUUAUUUGCUUACAGCAAUCAUGUCCACCACCAAUCAAUGGGUGUCACGAGGAACCAAUUCAAGGUUUCUGCUGCCCGCGAUACGAAUGUCCAGUGUCAAUGGCAACUGUUGUGAAUGUGACCACUAGUACCACGACCACAUCGACAACACUUCCACCACAUUUCUUACAUCACGCUUACAAAGGAGCCGCUACCAAGAGCGGAUGCCAAAUAGAUGAACACACAUAUCAAGUGGGUGAUGUAGUACCGUCAGCCAGUGGACCGUGUAUGCAUUGCAUAUGCGGUGGGGAUGGUCAAAUGAAGUGUGAUCCAAAACAAUGUACUCCUGAACCAAUGUUACGCCAAAUGAUUGCAACUACAACCAGAAGAUAAGUUAAUUUUAAUAAAUUCAUAACCGCUUAGGGUAACUUUGUUACAGAGAUGAACAAAACGAAAGAGAGUUAAUUCAAAAAUGUCAUUAAAAUGAAAAUAAUUUUUCGUAAUUAAAUCAAAAUAAUUUAAAAUUUCAGAUUUUCAUGAGAUUUUGUCCAGUUUGAUUGUAAUUAUAGGAAGGAUAAAUAAAUUGCACUGUGCGGCAAUGUGUAGCACACACGCAAUUUGUUUUCCAUACCGAAAUCGGAUUGGUAAAAUUUCAUGAAAAACGAAAUCAAAUUCAUUUCUUUUUUGAAAACAACAUUGAAUGAUGAUGAUGAUUUAAUUCGGAAUUUAUUUCGUUAUAGAACGAAAAUGAAUAUGAGAAAAUAAUUUCAAUUUCACGUAUAUACAAUAUACAACCACGAGCUAAGUCUUUCGGAUGAAAAUAUAUUUAAAAUUUGGCGCCAAAACUUAGGAGACGAAAAAAUUCGUACUUAUCACUAUCCAUUCGAUAAAUCCAAUAUUUCUUUGUCGCUAAAUUUAAAUAAAUUUUCGUCCAAAUUAUAUUCGAAAAGUAAAAAAAUAAUAACGCAGUCAGUAGGAGUAAAUGUUUUUUUGUGUAGUUUUUAGAUGAUGGGAGAUAUAAUUGACAAUAUUACUCAGUCAGAGAAUGUUAUGUAAUUUUUUUUUCAUUAAAUUAUAUCAAUAUUGAUUAGGGUACUAGAUAUAUUUAAAAAGAACAACAGAAAAAAAAUCAUAAAAUUGAUACACAAUCACGAGUUGACAUUUUUUUUGACGAGAGAGUGAGAGAAUAAAAUGCAAUAAUUUCUUAUAUUAUUUAAACUUUUUUUUUGCUUUUCUUUUUAAUACCGAUUAGAAAACAUACGAUCGACAAUUAAUAAUUAAAUUAAAAUGAUGCCAAGACAAUACACGUUUGAGCUCGUUCCCUUUUGUUUAAUAUUUCAAUGUAACAUUUCCAUUGCCAGUAAAUGCAACACUUUCAUUGAUGAAGUAGACCGUUCGCAACAAUUUAAUAGAGAUAGAGAGAGAUAGAGAAUAUAAAUUGUUUUAUUAAAGAAAUGAGCCAAAACAAAUCAAUGAAAUGUAAACCAAAAUAAAUAAAAUGUCAACUCGAGCACAGCAAAACGCAUUGAAAACGAAAUAAAUAAAAGAGAAAAAAAAAAUAGAAUAAAUUUAGGGAGAAACGAUAAAUUAAAUGUGAUUCUAUAAAAUAUAUUAGAAUUAGUGUUUAUAUAGGAUAUGAAUAAAAUUACACAGCCAGAGCCGCCGUCGAAUUAUCAAUUGAGAUGCUUCAGAUGAACAAAUCAAACAGUGAUCCACUUUGCUGAAUACACUAAUAUCGCAUAGGAAAUUGGUAACGAUUAUCAACUUAAAGAAGUUCUAGAUUUGAUGAUGAAAAAUUGAAUUAUUCAAAUUUUUUACACUUGAAGGUGUUUUCGAUAUUCAUUUCCUAUGCGACAUUAUUGGUAUGGCUAGACGAAGAAACUGAAUAUAUCUGAAUGUAUACUAGCAAAACGCACACAUUUUUAAUUGCUUCAAUAUAAACAAAUUUUGCAAUCAGAUGUGAUACGAAUUAGUAUUUUUUUUUUUGGCUUUGAAGAGUUUUAUUUUUUACUUGACGACGGCUCAUAUACACUGGAGCACAUACAAUUUUUGUACUUUUUUAAAUCAAAUAAAUAAAAUUGUGGGAAAAUUAGGUUUUAAAUGAAAUGAAAAAAAAAAAACAAAAUUUUUUGCUCAAUUAAUUUCGAAUAUAAAUCAACAAAGUGCUUACCAAUAAUCAAUGAAAAAAAGUUCACCGCGACCACAAUUUUUAUACACCGAACGGGAUAUAUAUAUAUUGAUUUCUGACAUUUUCGAUAAUAAUUAAAAAUAAAAAAAAAAAUUAAAAAGAGAAAAAGAAAAAUUGAAAUAAUUUUUAUAAACAAUUUUUAUAUACACAUCGCUUUUUUGUAAAGAAUUAAUUAGACAUUCGGCCAUGAUUUUAUUAUGCGCCUAUUAAGUAAUUAUAUAAUGAAAUUAUAUGCUGCCAUUACUUGUCGAAUAUCACUUUUAAUGAAAAAAAAGAAAAGAAAAAUUAAAUGAAAACAAACAACGGAAAAUGGGGAAAAUCAACCGAUUUUCUCACUUUUCCCACGAAGAAUGCAGACACAUUUAUAUCUGUUAAAAUUUGCAAUUGAUCUAUUUUCUUUCACGUCACUUCUGCCCAGUCGACGAUUUGUUAAGUAGAUACAUGUUCCUAAUUAAACAAAUCACUAACCAUAGAUUAAUGUUAAUCACAGUUGUCGCCUUUCCUAUGAGACCAUUUGGACGAUGGUCGCCGGCGCUGUACCAAUUUUAUAGGUUAACACAAAAAGGAUCUUUUCUUUUUUGUUAGAAUGUUGGAAUCAUACUGUCCGAUUUUUAGGGCCAAUUUUCGGCCUGGCCUCACAGUUUUUGAGUGUCAAUUUUUCAGUCCAAACAACAACGUAAAAAUUGCCCAAAGAAAUUAUUUCAUUUCUGAAUUUUUAUUAAUUGUUUCCUUUAAAAAAACCCUCAAUUUUGUAGAUUCAAAAAGAGUCAUCAUGAAAUAUAACACUAAAAUCUCCCAUUUCGUCUAUACCAAAGCACCGAAGUGACUGUGCAGACAAGAUAAUCAUAAAUUUUAACUGAUACAAAUUGGUGAUAUUUGCAUUGAAAUAAAUAAAAAAAUCUUAGUGAAAAAUAAAAGCAUGACUUUUGUGGAGCUUUUUUUUUAGUAUAUAUGGCAAUUAACUUGUGCUUGUAUUUUUUGCGAUUUUUUGUUUUAUUUCCAAUUAAAAAUUGACUUAUUACAACGUUACUCGGUUGAUCGUCGUUUUUUUAUUAUUCCUUGUCGAAAUGCAAUCAACAUUAAUACAUAUUCACUUGGAUAAUAUCAAAAGCAUGUUAAAUAAUGAAUUUGUAAUGAUAAAGACUCAAAACAAUGAAAAGAGAAGGAAGAGUAAGAACAGUAGAGAGAGAUAGAGAAAGAGAGAGCAAACAGAAAAUUAUAGAAGAGGAGGAAAAUUAAGUAAGAUGAGACAAUUAUUUGUAAUACAUUUAUGGCUGAAAUAUCUGAUUGUUUGAUCAAAUGAAAAUGUUUAUUACGUUUUAUAAGAAAGAAUUAGUUUCACAGUAGUAAUGAUGAAGUAGUACAUAUUAUAAGAUCCUUCCAAAUUGACGAUCUAUUAGAACCAGAAAUCAUUACUUGUCGAUUCUUUAAAUAGUCAAGAUAUAGCGAGAGAAAAUCUUUUUGAAUCCUUGUUGAUUCUGGUUCGAUCUAAAUAGAAUGGAGUGAAAAAUGACAACCAAUUUGCUAGAAACUGGAAUGGAAAGUACUUUAACAUUUGAAUUAUGGAAAACAAUUUUCGAUUGCUUGAACGAUUAGAUAUAAAAAAGAAAAAAAUUGAUUUAACUUAACGUUUUUUUUAUUAAUUAACGUUAUGAAUGCCAUUAUAUAAAUAAUGAAGUAAAAAAAUGAGAAAAGUAAUUGUAAUAAGAUUUUAAGCAUAGUUUUGUACUAUUUAUAAAAUGCUAAUUUUUAAAAUGUAUGUAUCUUUGUUAAACUUUGAGUCCGUGUGACAAUUGGCAAUUUGAAAAGAUUUUUUUUUUGAUUAUUAUUUUUUACAUUUUACUUCCAUUUUAGUACCUUAUUUAUAUUCACCAAUAGCAAACCGAAAAAUUUUGGAAACAAAAAUGAAAUUUGAAAAUUGAUUUUAAUUUUAGCGAACUUUUAUGAAUAAUUGCCAACAUUUGCACAGAUUCAUUAUAUUUUUUCAGGACAUUGAAACAAAGUGUCGUUUUUAAUAAAUACAUUUUAAAGGA